UACUAAGCGUCAUUUUGUGGAAGAAAAAUGGACAUAAGCACCAGUGAAAUCAAACCUGUCGAAAACAAGCCGAAAACAAUAGAAGAUAUUAAUGUUGCGUUGGAAAAUGUUAUACAGCACGCGGGAGAAAUGGGACUUUAUCAGAAAUUGUUGUUUUUUGCAAUGUUCCCGUUUGCACUUAUGUGGACUUUCGUUUAUUUUGGACACAUGUACCUAACGCUGAUGCCAGAACAUUGGUGUAAAGUACCGGAAUUAGAGGGAUUGGAAGUGGAUUUAAGGCGAUCAUUAUCAAUACCUAAGAAUUCUGCUGGUAGCUAUGAAAGAUGUAGAAUGUUUGACGCUAACUGGACUCAAGUUUUGGAGACUUUACAACCACCUGAUGAAGGAACACCAUUGGUAUUAUGUAACAAUGGUUGGGAAUUUCUCUUUGACGAUAUACCCUAUGAGACUAUUGCUACCGAGAGGGAAUGGGUUUGUAAUAAAGCGAGUUACAUACCAACAGUGACAACUUUAGGUUUUGCCGGAACCUUAUUGGGCGUUUUGACACUUGGAGUGCUUGCUGACUACUUUGGGCGUGUUCCUCUGAUUAUAGUUGCCAAUUUAUGUGGCUUUUUGGGCGGUGUAGGAACUUUAUUUACGACUGGCUUUUGGGACUACGCAAUUUGCAGAUUUAUUGUCGGCCUUAGCAACAAUCAAUGUUUUAUGCUUAUGUAUAUCUUAGUAUUGGAAUAUGUGGGUUCCAGCCAUCGUACGUUAGUAGCUAACAUGUCUAUUGCAUUAUUCUUCGGUAGUGGAUGCCUUGUGUUACCGUGGCUGGCCUACGGCAUAGCGAACUGGAGAAUUCUGCAGAUUGUUAUGGUGUCACCGAUAGUAGCAGUAAUUGCAGUGCCAUUUUUGCUACCUGAAAGUGCAAGAUGGUUGUCAACGAGAGGGAACGUAGACAAGGCUGUAAAAAUGAUAAGAAGAGUUGAGAAGAUCAACAAAAAGGAAAUACCUCAAGACGUAAUAGAUAAUUUUAUGGAAAUAAGCAAAGAAAAACCUGUUUCAGAAGCAGGUGUACUGGAAUUUAUUAAGACACCAGAAUUACGACUGACCUCAGUCUUAUUGAUCGUAGCCAUAAUGUCUACGACGUUAAGUUUUGAUACUAUAUUGAGAAUGUCAGAGAACAUUGGCUUGAACGUUUUCAUCACGUUUACAGUAUCGGCUGCUACAGAAGUACCAUCUAUAUCGUUGCUGGUUUUCUUGUUAGACAGGUUUGGACGGCGGUGGCUUGUCUUUUGUCCAGUUAUUGCAACUAUAGUGCUCAAUAUGACCAACGCAUUUGUAACAAAUAGCUUGGCAUCUGGAGCGCUUCUAGUUUCCGCAAGAUUCUUCAACAUUAUGGCAUACAAUACAUUGAUCCAAUGGACUCCAGAGCUGUUACCUACCUCAAUGAGGGCUUCUGGUGGAGCCGUCAUCUAUACUUUCGGUAAUCUUCCAUUACUGCUGUCAUCAUUUGUCGUUUUUUCGGCACAGUUUUGGCCAGGUCUUCCAUUCUUAAUAAUAUCGGUAUUCGCUAUACUGGGAGCUAGUUGUGCCCUCUUCAUACCAGAGACAAAGGGCAAGCCAAUGCCACAAACAGUGGAGGAUAUUAGAAGCUUAGGCAGAACAAUUUUCUAUAAGUCUAACAAAGAGCACGCAAAUCCAGAAGGUGAAAAGGAUGUUGGACAGUAGUUUAGUUUAGUUUACCUAUUUAUAUUAAACAUUAUAAAGCAUUUUGAUGUAAAAUUUACUGUUACUAGCAAACGGUAGAUACCAAAAGCAGUAGUCACAUGUGACUACUCCCCUAUGUUCAAUAUCGAAACUCGAAAGAUCCAAUGGGUAAGAUUCAGAAUCGAGACUCAGCACAAAGAAUGACAGUAUGUCAGAACGUAUUACCACGAUUAUGUGACGUGAUGAUGUUUUAGUUAAGGAAUUUGUUAAGUGCCAAUUUACUGACAAGAGUUGUAGACCUAAGAUAGUAUUAAGAAAUGCGUAACUGAUUUACAGUUAUCCUGAUAAAACGCAAUUUGUACCUUUA